GUGUGCUUUUGACUCUUCUGUUAUUAAUUAUUAAUGGACCACAUUUCUUUUCUCAACCAUAACAUUUUCCAUCAUUCAUUUUUUUCAAAGUAGCAUUUGUUCCAUUGUUCUUAAUCCUCAUCACCAAUCCUAUAUAUAGCUCAAUCAACUCAUAUAUUUGUAUUCACAUAAAGAGCACUUGAGCACUAGCAAGUUAUUCAAUUUUAUUUUUUUGAAAAUGGUGCAAACUAAGGAUGGAACUGUUGCUCUAGCUUCUGCUUUUUCUGGCCAGAAGCAAGCUAUAAAGGAUAGAGACCACAAAUUUUUAAGAAAAGCAGUUGAAGAAGCAUAUAAAGGUGUAGAUUGUGAAGAUGGAGGACCUUUUGGUGCUGUUAUUGUUUUUAAUGAUGAAGUUGUUGCUAGCUCUCACAAUAUGGUUCUCAGAAACAAUGACCCUACUGCUCAUGCUGAAGUCACAGCAAUAAGAGAGGCAUGUAAGAAACUGAAGCAGAUAGAACUCUCAGAUUGUGAAAUAUAUGCUUCUUGUGAGCCAUGCCCAAUGUGCUUUGGUGCUAUUCACCUUUCACGUGUUAAGAGGUUGGUUUAUGGAGCAAAAGCAGAGGCAGCAAUUGCGAUUGGUUUUGAUGAUUUUAUAGCUGAUGCCUUGCGAGGUACUGGCGUUUAUCAAAAAGCACAUUUGGAAAUUAAAAGAGCUGAUGGCAAAGAGGCCAUUUUUGCUGAAGAAGUGUUUGAGAAAACUAAGGAAAAGUUUCGAUUGUAUUAAUGAAAUAAUGUUAUUUUUCUAUGUCAUUUUUAAACAGCUGAUGAUAAUUAGCUUUGUAUAUGAAUAAGCUCGUUACCAUCAUGUGUAUUGGAAAUAUCCUAUGCGGGGAGUCAAUGUACUAGAAGAAAACUGUUUUGAAUCCAUGUAUUGAUGUUUUUAUAUUAUUAUGUAACUGGGUCAGAAUUUUCUUUA